AUGGACAGCUGCCACAAGGCGCCGGCGAUCUGGCUUGCCGGGCAAACAUUGAGCAUUCUCUUGAAAGUCUUUCUGAACGCCCACCAACAUGCAGAGCCUGCUGUCCUGACAGCCGGCAGCUUUGAAGCUUACUGCCGCGCCAGGGCAGCAGUCACAGCUCCCCAGUCGCAGCUCGCGCCCGUGACGCCGAGCAAUGUCCCUCUUGCGCAACGCAGGAAAAGACAACACGAUGCACCAACGCCCACAGACUGCGCUGAUCCUCGACUGCACUGCCUGCAAACACUGAGGACCAGACACAACUAUACAUCCCGGUCGCAGCUCGCGUGCAAGACGCUGAGCAUCGUCCCUCUCGGCAACACUUCCGCAAGUAGCCCUGGUCGACAGGAAUCCCAGUCGCAGCUCGCGCGUGAGACGCUGAGCAUUGUCCCCUCCCUUUCAUGUCAGGCCGCUCUAGGCACAGGACACGCACCAUCCAGACUGGACAUUACACCGUGUGCCACCCAAUCCGUGUGCACGAACAGCGCAAGAAAUCGCUCCGACUGCAACGCACGACACUGCAACAACGCAGGCAAAAACAACGGAGCACCUCCUCCAAAUAACUGUCACGCUGAGGAAGAUGCCACAAUACCCUUGUCGCAGCUCGCGCCUGAGACGCUGAGCAACGUCCGUGUGGCACAAUGCAGCACGCGACAGAACCACCCGCAAACAGUGCACACUGAACAUGCCAAUCACCUCAACCGGCAAGACCUGGCGUUCAGCCCUCUUUUUCCUUCCCGGUCGCAGCUCGCGCAUGAGACGCUGAGCAACGUCCACCCAGGUCCAGACGACAAGAGCGCUCAAGGCCGACAGGAAGCCCAGUCGCAGCUCGCGCGUGAGACGCUGAGCAACGUCCUCUCCCUUCCCUGUCAGGCCUGUCAGGCCCCUCCAGUUUCAGGCCGUGUCCCAUUUGAACUGGACAGUGCAACGCGCGCCCCGUCAUCCACAUACCGACAAGGAGGCCACAUAGGCACUAACUGUGGCACAACCUACCCGAACCAUUGUUCCGCUAAGGCAACAGCUGCAGCGCCUCAGUCGCAGCUCGAGCCCGUGACGUUGAGCAAUGCCCCCCCUGCGUGCCACAGCACGCGCCCUUUUGGCGCCACGUUUGCGUAUAGAUAUGGUAGACAGGAAGCCCAGUCGCAGCUCGCGCAUGAGACGCAGAGCAUUGUCCUCUCCCUUCCACGUCAAGCCACCACUGGCUUAAGCUUUGUCUCAACUGGACUAGACAUUAAGCCAAGCGAUACAGCGCCCCAGUCGCAGCUCGCGCCCGUGACGCUGAGCAAUGUCCCUCUUGUGUGCCACAGCACCCGCCCUCCAGGCACCGCUCCGGCAUAUAACCACGGUCGACAGGAAGCCCAGUCGCAGCUCGCGCAUGAGACGCAGAGCAUUGUCCCCUCCCUUCCACGUCAAGCCACCACUGGUUUAAGCUUUGUCUCAACUGGACUAGACAUUAAGCCAAGCGAUGCAGCGCCCCAGUCGCAGCUCGCGCCCGUGACGCUGAGCAAUGUCCCUCCUGUGUGCCACAACACCCGCCCUCCCGGCACCGCUCCGGCAUAUAACCACGGUCAACAGGAAGCCCAGUUGCAGCACGCGCGUGAGACGCUGAGCAUUGUCCUCUCCUUUCCAUGUCAGGCCGCUCCAGGUUCAGGAAACACAUCCUCCAGACUGGACACCACACCGUGUGAAACACUACCCACCUGCACACACAGCGCAAGAAACAACACCGGCUACAGCGCACAACGCUGCAACAGUGCAGGCAAAAACAGCGGAACACCUCCUCCGAACAGCUGUCGCGCUGAAGAAGAAGAUGCCACAAUGCCCCUGUCGCAGCUCACGCCUGAGACGCUGAGCAACGCCCGUGUGGCACAACGCAACACGCGACAGUAUCACCCGCAAACAGUGCGCUCUGAACACGCCGAUCAUUUCAUCCUCUACCGGCAAGACCCGUCGUUCAGCCCUAACUUUCCCUCCUGGUCGCAGCUCGCGCGUGAGACGCUGAGCAACGUCCACCUAGGUCUAGACGCUAAGACCUUUCAAGGCCGACAGGAAGCCCAGUCGCAGCUCGCGCAUGAGAAGCUGAGCAACGUCCUUUCCCUUCCUUGUCAGGCCCCUCUAAAUUCAGGCCGUAUCCCACCCGAACCGGACAGUGCAACAUGCGUUCCACCAUCCACGCACCAACAAGGUGGUCACAUAGGCAGUGGCACAGCCUACAUAAACCCCAGUUCCGCCAGGGCAGCAGCCAUAGCGUCCAUGUCACAGCCCACACCCGCGACUUUGAGCCAUGUCCCUCCUGCGCACCGCAGCAUGCGCCCUCCUGGCACCACUCUUGCGUGUAGAUAUGGUAGACGGGAAGCCCAGUCGCAGCUCGCGCGUGAGACGCAGAGCUUUAUCCUCUCCCUUCCACGUCAAGCCACCAUUGGUCUAGGCUAUGCCUUAUCUGAACUAGACACUAGGCCAAGCGACACUGCGCCCCAGUCGCAGCUCGCGCCCGUGACGCUGAGCACUGUCCCUCUUGCGCGCCACAGCACUCGCCCUCCCGGCACCACUCUAGCGUACAACCACGGUCGACAGGAAGCCCGGUCGCAGCUCGCGCGUGAGACGCUGAGCCUUGUCCUCUCCCCUCCAUGUCAGGCCGCUCCAGGUUCAGGAAACACAUCAUCCAGACUGGACAUUGCACUGUGCGCCACAGAACCCGCGUACACAUACAGCGCUAGAAACAACUCCGGCUACAGCGCGCAACACUGCAACGGCUGCAACAGCGCAGGCAAAAACAGCGGAACACCUCCUCCGAACAACUGUCGCGCUGAGGAAGAUGCCACAAUGCCCCUGUCGCAGCUCGCGCGUGAGACGUUGAGCAAUGUCCGUGUGGCACAACGCAGCACGCGACAGCACCAUCCGCAAACAGUGCGCUCUGAACAUGCCGACCACUUCAUCCUCUACCAGCAAGACCCGGCGUUCAGCCCUUACUUUCCCUCCCGGUCGCAGCUCGCGCAUGAGACGCUGAGCAACGUCCACCUAGGUCUUGACGCUAAGAGCUUCCAAGGCCGACAGGAAGCCCAGUCGCAGCUCGCGCAUGAGACGCUGAGCAACGUCCUCUUCCUUCCCUGUCAGGCCGCUCCUGAUUCAGGCCGUAUCUCAUCUGCACCGGACAGUACAACAUGCGUCCCGCCGUCCACGCACCAACAGGAUGGUCACCUAGGCAGUGGCACAGCCUACGUAAACCAAUGUUCUGCCAGGGCAGCCGCCAUAGCGUCCUUGCCGCAGCUCACUCCCGCGACUUUGAGCAAUGUCCUUCCUGCGCGCCGCAGCACGCGCCCUCUAGGCACCACUUCUGCAUGUCGAAUUGGUAGACAGGAAGCCCAGUCGCAGCUCGCGCAUGAGACGCAGAGCACUGUCCUCUCCCUUCCACGUCAAGCCACCACUGGUUUAGGCUAUGCCUCAUCUGGACUAGACACCAAGCCAAGCGCAGCAGCGCCCCAGUCGCAGCUCAACCAUGGUCGACAGGAAGCCCAGUCGCAGCUCGCGCGUGAGACGCUGAGCAUUGUCCUCUCCCUUCCAUGUCAGGCCACCACAGAUUCAGGCUAUGCCGUACCCAGACCCAGACUAGACACUUCGCCAAGCGCCCCGCUGCCCCUUACACACUGCGCAGAAGCCCACAGUGGAGCAGCCUCUACUCACCGCCGCAACGCCAGAGAUGAGGACCCAUCACCGCGGCAGCUUGCGCCAGCCCUUUGCCGCAGUGCGCAACACUGCAACGCACCUGUCACGUUCACCGCUCCUGCGGACCUACUGCUGCAUUACCUGCAGACGCAGACGAGCGGACUGCUCCAUUCAUGGUUAGCCUACAUUACCGCUGCGCUUUUCUCUUUGCUUCUGUGGGGGCUGCAACUACAAGGGGGCGAAAGAAACGCAGAUCCGCUAAUCCGUGUAGGAAGAUGCAUAAGCGGACCUCAUGCAUACCUGUGGGCAGCCCUGCGCUGCACACAACCACACUGCAGUCCGCCUGAGCAACGUCAGCGUAGUAGGAAUGGGCAACCUGCCAACAGCCCUGCCAGAUCGCCUCCCAGCAGCUCCAACAUACCUUUCUGGGCCAAACUCCUAGCUGUUGCUUGCCUUUUCACGCCAGCGCAAAGCAUGCAGCCGAGCGGCGCCUUUUCCGUACCGGACCCCUCCCACACUUAUGCCGCAACUUCAGUCAGCCAGACAAGGCCCAUACCGACGCCCAGUAGAAGCCACAGCCGCCCCGCCGCGAUCUGCUGGACUGAAACAGAACACACCUCGCCCCAAGACAGACUCCAUGUCAGCGCAACAAGAACAAGCAACAGUGGAAAUGCCUCUGCUAACCCCAGACCCCCUCGCGGCAGCAACCAGCACGCCGACAGCAACUCCCCAAAGCAGUCCACCCGUAAGGAAGAUACGCUUCUAAACAGCCUGCCGCCGGAACAGAAGCUGAGAGCUUUCUUCCUUGCUGCAACCCUGCUCGACACUCUCUUCGAACACAACCAACAGCAAGCGCCGCCCAAGACCGGAGCCGACAAAAGCAAAGCAACAACCGCAGCAAGGCAGCCCUGCGGCCCAAGCCAAGAUCCCUAUGCGAGUCUCGCCGGGCUAGAGUCUGCGCUCGCAGGCUGCAAAGAAGCAUGGACUGACUUCUGGAGACGGCAGCCCCCGUGCGACCUUCCAUGCGGAUCCCGCAGCCAACUUCAGGGCCCCCUCCCCUUCUUUCCAGCCUGUCUCCGUGCGCUUGACAUCUACACAGACGGCUCGCACAAGGAUUCGCACUGUCCAGGCUGGGCAAUAAUCCUCGUUGACGGAGUACAGUUUGGUGAGGAAAAGCAAUACGCCGCCUGUGCAUACGGUACUGUGAAGGCCAUAGCCGACAUAGGCCUCUGUAGAGACAACCAUCUCUCAAACAUCGACGCCGAGGGAAUCCCAGUACUCCUUGCGCUGCUCUGGACGCUUGGGCUUGACAUACGCAUCCAUGUUACCAUCUGGACCGACUGUGAGGUCAUUGCCACCGCUGCGAACGGCGCCAGUUCACCUCCUGACGCCAAGGAGAAACAGAGGCGCCUCUGCCCCAGCAUCCGACAAGUCAUGCAGAUCCAUGAAGCCAGGACCUCCCCUGUCCAAGUGCAAUGGACCAAAGGACACGUAGGCCAGAUCUACAACGAAUCCGCCGACGCGCUAGCCAACCACGCCAGAAGCACUGGGGCAUGUACAGCCCUACCCAAAGCCGUGCUCGCACUCCUGGAACAUGAGCUCCUCCCCUGGGCGUGGAGACUACAAGCCCAGACGUCUGCCAUUCCCUCACUGCAGGAACUCCUAAAAGGUGAGUACGAAGAGCGAGAAGCUGCUGCGCCUGCGCACCUGCCUGUUCCCAGAAGCAGCACUACAGCCAGAACGCAGCCCCUACAGCUCAGAGUAGCCACUUACAACGUGCAGUCCAUGCGUGACCGAGGGCCACUCCUCCAAGCCCUUAUGAGGCGAGACGGCGUUGCGGUGCUUGGACUGCAAGAGACCAGGUACCGAACGGCGUCACUCGGCCAGGGCAAGACGCACAUCACUGUGAGUAGCGCGGCCACACCAAGAGGCGAGGGCGGCUGCGCGAUCUGGAUUGCCAAAGACGCACAGAUCGGGCCAGUCCAGAUCAAGGAUGCUACCGUCCUAAUUAGCACAGACAGGCACCUGUUGAUCAGGCUGUGCACCGACAAAUGGACGGGCUACAUCCUCUCCGCACAUGCGCCCCACACAGGCAAGCCUGCUGAAGAGAUUGCCGCCUGGUGGGACGACCUCACCAACAAGCUGAAUCCCUAUGUCGGUACAGGACUACCACUCAUAUGUUGCAUCGAUGCUAAUGCAAGAGUUGGCGCCACCACAUCACAGGCCGUCGGUCCACACGCGAGCGAAGCCGAAAAUUUUGCGGGAGCCUGCCUGCGAAACUUCUGCCACGUGAAUGCCUUAUGCGCCCCCACUACCUUCCAGGGCAUUAAGGGACAGUGCGUCGAGCCCGACACUGACGUGCACACAUGGGCUUCCAGCCACGGUGACACGCACCGCAUCGACUAUGUACUCGUGCCGCAGGACUGGCUCAGUCACUGCAGCGAGAUACGUAUGCACCCUGACUUCAGUCUCAGGGAGGGGGAAGACCACACCGCAACGUCCCUGAAGAUCACCCUCCAAGCUGGCGCCAUUUCCAAGCCCAGUCGCGCUCAUGCCCGGAUCCCUCUGCUACGUGUUUCCGACACACAACAAGCAGAGGCGCCAAUCCCUGCGGCGCUGCAGACUGCCAGCCAAGUGCCCUGGAGUACCAACAUACAUGACCACGUUGCCAGAGUUGACGACAUGCUUCGUAGCAGCUGCCGAAGUCAGGGACCAAAGCAACACAGAAAGGCGCACAUCUCUCAGCACACCUGGAACCUGGUGAGGUACCGCAGGGAGGCCCGUCAUAGGAUCAAGGCCGCCCACAAUGGUAUCCAACGUCUCCGGCAACUCAUUUGCUGGAGGGCUUGGAAACUUGGACACAUCAGUGCGGAGUUCAUUCGGAAGGUACAGGAAUGGCGCGACAGGCAAUGCGCCUUACACCGCCGUCAUGCCACUGCCAUACGUGACACUAGUGUAGCAAGCCUCAUGCUACGAGCUUCUCUGAAACAAGACAGGCUGGACCACUUGGAGGUCCUUGUUGCCAAGUUCCAGGAAGCUGCUAACAAAGGCGCAUCGCAGCAGCUUUACCACGCACUCAAGAUAUACCGGCCUGCAGGCAAAAAGGUCCACAAGUCCUUUGGACAGCCGCUUACUGUCAUGCUCCCUACUGGCAAGCACGCUGAAACAUUUGCCGAAAAACAGCAGGCGCACAGGGAUGUGUUUGCGCAGCAGGAAGCUGGGACCAUCCUCACCCCUGCGGAGUACUGCAGCCAAGACGCCCCCAGUAGAGUGGAGCCCAGUGCUAGGUACCGUCUGACAGACCUCCCAACUCUCUUCCAAGUAGAGCAAGUUGUGCGCGAGGCCAAAGAUGGCAAGGCUCCAGGGCCCUCUGGAAUUACUGCAGCCGUGUGGAAAUCCUGCCCGACAGGAGCCGCCAAAACACUGCUGCCCAUUUUUAUGAAAGCCCAUAUCCGGCUCACCGAGCCCAUACAGUAUCGGGGCUGUCAACUCGUUGCUUUUUUCAAGCAGAAAGGCACGCCAACUGACCCUCUGAACUACAGAAGCAUCGCGCUCUUUGACCCCGCGGCGAAGAUGCACCACCGGCUGCUGCGCCCUGCUUUGUGCCAGCAACUAGGACACACUGCCCAGCCGUUGCAACAGGGCUGCGUCAGAGGGUCGUCCUCAAACUCCCUUCACCAUUACGUUGCCACGUGGGGAAGGAUCUCCAAAGCCAGGGGCGCACCCUGCGCUACGAUCUUCCUUGACCUCAGCGCCGCGUACUACAGAUUGCUGCGAGAGUCUAUGUGGCCGACAGCUGCUGACGGCGCCGAAAGCCCCACAGACCAACACGUUGCCUGGAUACUUGGGCGCCUGCAGGUGCCCGCUACACUUAUGCACCAGGUUCAGCAGUAUGCUCGCAACACUGACCUGCUGGAGCAGGCCCCGGAGCACCUACGCCGCUACGUCAGAGUCAUGCUCAGCGGAACGUACUUCGUACAAGACGGCCUUGAAGGACUUGUCCGUACACACGCCGGCUCAAGGCCGGGCGACGCAAUAGCAGAUGCCCUCUUUGCGCUUGCUGCUGCGGACAUGCUGCGCGAAGUACAAGAGCACCUCAACUUAAACGGGCAGCCGUGCCCGCUGCCGACGUGGGCCGACGACGUUGCUCUACCGCUGACCUGCGACUCUUGCGAGGAAGUCGUCAACACUGUGCAACAGGCGGCUACCGUACUGCACGACAGCUGCACCCGCAGGGCAAUGGCACCGAACUACGCUGCCGGCAAGACGGAGGUUUUGGUAUGCCCUACGGGACCAGGAUCCAAAAAACUCAAGCGCAGCCUCUUCCGAACUGGGGAAGGCACCAUCGAGUUUACCGGUGGGGAUGGGCGUCACCUCCUUCGUUGCGUGACCAGCUACAAACAUCUCGGCAAUGUUAUCUCAGAGACGGGCGCGGCGCUGCCUGACAUCCGGCAAAACCUUGCAGCGGCGCAGGCUUCCGCUGGACCGCUGACGAAGAAAGUCUUCCGUAACGACAAAGCCCCUUUCGCUACGCGCAGCCUUCUCAUGCAAAGCCUCGCUGUUAGUCGUGCUGUGCACGGUGCUGAGGUUUGGGGGAAACUCAGUAGGCGCGAGUCACAUGUAUGGCACCAUGGACUUGCACGCGUGCUGCGCAAACUCCUGCCAGAAGACCGUUACACCGGGGACAGCACCUGGGCGGCGUCUGCAGAUGUCUUCGGCGCCACUGGGCACCCCAACGCGGAACAAUGCUUGUCUGCCGCUAGGCUCAGGCACCUAGUGCAGAUCAGUAGAGGGCAGCAUGAGGACCUUUGGCAUCUUCUUCAAGUAGAGGCCGCCUGCACCGCCGAUGCCUGGCUGCACCUAGUACAACGCGAUCUUGCGUGGCUUCAGGGGCUUUUCGACCGCGAAGCCACUCCUAGACUGCCGGCAGAGGUCUUCGAAGCCGGAGCAGACAAUGCUCACAGCCUACGCCAGCUUCAUCACCAAAUCCGGCGAGGCAUGCGCAAAGUCGGGGAGCACAAUUGGCAUGAAUACCAACGCAGCCUGCAAAGUAAGAAAGCCGUCCCCGGCCCAAGUCCAGCCCCCAGCGAAGCAAGCAGAGUCGAGCUAGAGCAUCCUUUCGCUUGUGAGAAAUGUCCAGCCGCCUUCUCUACGCGACAGCAGGUGCGGGCUCACAGGCUUGCUAAGCAUGGCCAACGACCUUUGCUAGAAAGCUAUGUCGGCGCCAGUCUCUGUACAGUGUGCCUUACGCAGUUCUGGGCCCGCAGGAGACUCAUACGACAUGUCACGCAUGAUUCCAAAACCUGCGGGUGGCAACUUCUGACACGUGCCCGGGCACAGCCCCUUGCAGACCUAAGACAGCGAGAGCGAGCCAGAGCCAUAAAGGCCACUGCCUCAGGUGGCAUUCACGCACAGGACCGCCUGCCAGCAGUCAGGGUGCAUGGACCCUUGCGCAGGGAAGUGCCCCCCGACAUGCAGAUUUCCCCAGACCUCCUAAGCAUAGUGCUCGACAUAGCUCAUGAUAGCACACAUGCUUGGCCUUUUAGGCUGCGGGUGACCCUGGACGAGUAUCUCACAGCCAGCCCUGCCACGCAGGCUGUUUUCUUUCAAAGCCUGUCGGAGGCACAGCAACAUGUGCUGGAGCGCCUGGUUCAGGCCACUGAACAGAUCCAUACAGGUCAGGGCUAG